AUGCCGUCGAGCCUCUUCGGAGAGCUGGGAGGUGGACUCGUCGAGGAUCAGCGCGCGUUUCAGCUCGCCCUCGAGCUGAGCAUGCUUAACUUCGGCGAAACUCUGCCGUCGACCAACCCAUUGGCCAGCCCGCUCGGCUUCGCGCCGCCGCCUGAUGACCGCACCAAGAAAUCGCAAAACAUGACCGAGUGCGUCCCAGUGCCGUCUUCCGAACACGUCGCAGAAAUCGUCGGUAGACAAGAUAAUACUAAUAAGUAG